CUCCCCAUCCUUGUGGGUUUUUCUUUUUGGUGACCUUGGCAGAUUUGGCUUCCUGCCGGUGGCUUUUGUGUUCCUCUUAUAACCCCUUGGCCCUGGCAUCCUGCUGAGGAUUCUGUCCCCAUCUGGAUCGUCCUGAGGCUCUUCCAUACCUGCCUGUGGGAGCAGAGCAGCCGCAGGAAUGGCAGCCUCUUGCCGUUUCAAGCCCUUGAGCCGUGUGGCGGUGAGUGGGGGCACCCACGGUAAUGAGAUGUCGGGCAUCUACCUGGCCAAGCACUGGCUGCGGAACCCCAUGGAGCUGCAGCGUGGCAGCUUUGCCGUCACGCCCUUCCUGGGCAAUCCACGUGCCAUCGAGAAGUGUGUGCGUUACGUGGGGCGGGACCUGAACCGUACCUUCACCACCGAGUUCCUCAGCUCCACAGAGGCAGAGGACGAGCCCUACGAGGUGGUCCGGGCCCGCGAGAUCAACCAGACCUACGGCCCCAAGGGCUCGGCCCAGGCCUUUGACUUCAUGUUCGACCUGCACAACUCCACAGCCAACAUGGGCACCUGCCUCAUCGUGGACUCAGAGGAGAGCCUGCUGCCCAUGCACAUGUGUCACUACAUCCAGACACACUACACACGGAGCCCCUGUCCAAUCUACCUGUACAAGUUGCUGGGCGAGGAGACUUAUUCCAUCAACUCGGUGGCCAAAGCCGGGCUAGCGCUGGAGCUGGGGCCACAGCCCCAGCAGGUGGUGAGAGCUGACCUGUUCACUCAGAUGAGAGACCUCAUGGCUUGCGCACUGGAAUUCAUCGAACUCUUUAACAAUGGCACGGUGCUCCCUGCCUUUGAGAUCGAAGCGUACAAGAUCACUGGGCGCAUGGACUAUCCACGCUACCCCGACGGGGAGAUCUCAGCCAUGGUGCAUCCCAAGCUGCAGGAUAAGGAUUUCCGCCCCUUGAACCCCGGAGACCCAAUUUUCCAGACCUUCAGCGGGGAGGAGAUCCCAUAUGAGGGCGACACCACCAUCUACCCAGCCUUCAUCAACGAGGCUGCCUACUAUGAGAAGAAGGUGGCCUUUGCCAAGAUGGAGAAGCACAUGUUCUCCAUCCCCGGCCUGCAGAGAGAAUGAGCCUGGGGUCAGGUGGGCCAUGGACUAACAGGGAAUAAACAGACUGAAUGGC